AUUUAAAGAAGGAAAGAAAGCUUCAGAGGGAGUAAUAUUUACACAAAAUUAAGAGAUCGUAAUUAAUUUUUUGGGGUCAACUACUGUGGGAAUUAACAAGUAGAGUUUGCAUGGCAACAUCUUCAAAUGGCGGUGUUCCGCCAGGGUUUCGAUUUCAUCCAACAGAGGAAGAGCUUCUUCAUUACUAUUUGAAGAAGAAGCUUUCAUUUCACAAGUUUGACAUGGAGGUUAUCAGAGAGGUCGACUUGAAUAAGAUUGAGCCCUGGGAAUUGCAAGAGAGGUGCAAUAUUGGAUCAACACCGCAAAACGAGUGGUACUUUUUCAGCCACAAGGAUAGGAAGUACCCGACAGGUUCAAGAACAAACCGAGCAACAAAUGCCGGUUUUUGGAAGGCUACAGGGAGAGACAAAUGCAUAAGAAACAGCUUCAAGAAGAUUGGUAUGAGAAAAACCCUGGUCUUUUACAGAGGAAGAGCUCCACAUGGCCAAAAGACUGACUGGAUCAUGCAUGAAUACAGGCUUGAAGAUGCCGACGAAAAUCAAAAUGAGGAUGGCUGGGUGAUUUGUAGGGUUUUCAAGAAGAAGAACCUCUUCAAAGUAACUGGAAAUGAAGGUGGCGCAGCAGCUUCAAGCCACCAACAACCUCCUCGAACCAGCUUCACACACAAUGAUCACAACCCAUAUCUACUACACCAACUACCGCUGCACGGCCAUGACUUAAACUAUUCCCAUAUCCCAGUUGCUACUGAUCUGCCACAAUACUAUUCACACAAUAAUACUAAUAUUCAAUUAGCACAAAACUUCAAGUCAUCAUUGGGAUAUCAUCACCAACACGAGUUCUCAUCAUCAGGCGCUCAGUCAGCACCUUGUGAGUCCGGCUUGGAGGUAGCAAGUCACGAUCAUCAUCAGAUCAAUAUGAAUAAUAAUGAUCAGUGGGGAGUUAAUAUUGAUCGCCAGCUUGUUGAUGAAGAUUCAUCCAAAGUUGCACUAGCUAUGGGAUUUGAUCAAUCUAAUCAAAUCAAUCAGCUUUCGCUGCGUGGAGAGAUGGACUUUUGGAGUUAUGGAAAAUAAAGCCUAUAUAUACACAAUUAUUCUUUGUAUUAAUCCUGUUUAAAUGAUUAUAUUUUGCGCAGUAUAUAUAUUGAAAAGACGUCUCACUUAAUUACCUAAUUAUAAGCUUGUUUGUGUACUACUAUUGGAUUCGGAAAAAAAAUUGUAUGUGAUCCUCCUUAUUUUCUGUUAGUUGUAUGCUAGCUAGUGAUCAUCACUGGAAUGUAAAUCU